CGUGUCAUCGGUGUGCGUGCAAAAAUGGUUACGGGCUUUCGGGUUGAUAAUGUGUGAUUGGUUCGAUUGCAAAGACUCUUCCUCCCCGCCCCGUUUGACGCUUUGCACUGUAGUCGGAUAAUGCAGCUUCUCGUGUUUGUCGUGUCGUGCCGUGGCCCUUUUUCGCAAAUCCCACGCCAUUGUGUAAUGUAAUCGGCUUUAACCUUCGUGUGCGCGAGUUAUGCUGGGACGUGUUGCUGGGCAUCGAAGCUUGAAAUGCAAAUUUAGUGGUCAAUCAGCAGCAUUCAAUCGGACUCGGACAUUCGCUCGAUCUCGUGUACCCCACCACCCAGUGGCCAGUGUGAAAAGUGCAAUUCAGAGGCAUCUGUGUGUCCGGUGGAAUUAUUGAUCCGUUAGCGGUUUGCGUGUCAGAUGGUUCUGGUGCCCCUUAACUUGCUUGUUAAUUAAUUUUGCUAACACACACACAAACACACGCAUACGGUGUACUAAGCUAACGGCGACGUCGACGUCGACGACCACGCUAACCCCAGUCGACAUCUUAACGAGCCUCUUGAAAGAAGGUAGACAGGCGCAGUUUCAGCAGAAAGGUCAAUCCGGUGCUCUUCCCUCCACCCUUGGACGGCACAAUGUGUACCAGGAUUCGCAAGGGCAUCAUUAAUCCCAACUACCCGGGCUUCCAAUCGCUGGCGUAUACGCUAAACGAAGACAACUUUUACUACAGCUCGGAGAACCCAUCGGAGGAUGAGGAAGAUUCCUACGUCUCGGAGUCGGACGACAAUGAGAUGAAGCGCCGAACGGAUGACCGCACCGAGAAUGACGAAAAUGGUAACACGUGCGAUGGAAGUAAUGGCGAGGGCAUUCCGGUGUCAGCAGUGCCAGCAGCAGUGGUGUCGCCGCUCGUACCCAGCAGCCCUAGUAAAUCCUCCUUCCGGUUGAGCAACAACCGGUCACCCCUUUACUCUUCAACGAACGCCCUUACCGAGACACUCCGGUACGCUAGUCCGGUUCGUCAACCCCGAUUGCGCCAUUACUCUACCGAUUGCAGCUCGCCUGUCCUUUCCACGAUGACCAUCAUGGCAGACGAGAAGCUGGAGUCAUAUCGAACCGGGACGUACGCUUGUACACCACCUGACCUUGUGCUACAGCAUUCCUUCGACCAUCGUCGAUCGAUUACAGCUGAUACGCUGAACGCUGAUGAUCCUCUAACGGUGGCAGUAGAGCUUUCGAAUGCUCCACGGCCAGAUCUGAUACCGGAACGGCAGUUGCAGCUGCUACAGAUGGAAAACAAGAAAAAUGAUCUGCUCAAGCAAGAGUCUGAUGGCCCCGAGGGAGAACGAUCGACGGUGGUAACUGAUAGAUCGAUCAGUAACAGCCGAAUCGAAGGAAAAGUCGUUGAUGGUGAUGAUGCUGAAGAGAAGGAAGCAGAGGAAGUUGAGGGUGAGCAAAGUAUAGAUAUCGAAGGCAAUCGAACACCACCGUCCCCUGCAGUAGAGGUACCGAAUGGCAGGGAUUCCAUGUCCAACAGCGAUAGCUGCAGUACGAAUUUCUUGCGCAAUCUAACAUUCUCACCGGACAUUAUGCUGGAAGACGAAAGCCGUUGCUACGACUCGGUAACGGACGACUCGCUAUCGGAUGAUUCGGAUCAGGACACGGACGAGGGUGUGUUCGAGUAUCGACCAUACGCCGGUUCCGAGACUGGGGAACAUUUUGAUCGCUAUCCAUCGCCACCGUUGAUGGAUGCCGACAUGUUAACUCCGGACAGUGGCGGAAGCGAAGGUUCAAGCCCGGGUGAAGUGCAAUAUCAUUUAGUGGACGAUUGCUCACAUCAAACGGUACAGAUUACGCGAUCCAGGCGAUUCAACGAUCAUCAAUCUCCGACCAAUCAGUAUCAACUGCUGCAGCAGUACGCGACACCGUCACCAACCGCUCCGAUUGCUGUCCCUGGCACGGCUGGAAUUGCGGAUCACCAAACGGUCGCCGAUUUUGCUCAACCAACAUCAAUCAACGCAACCGAUGGUUGGAAAAGUGAGGAAGAUAGAGAAGUUCCUGGGCGACCAACUAGUAUUUACCGCAAGGACACAGAGCUACAGUUGGAGAUAUCCAGCUCAAGCGGCGAAGCUCAGAACAUUGAAAUGGAUGGCAAAAAUCCAUCAAUUCCGGAAGCAGUCGUUCCUAUCAGACAAUAUCAAAAAGUUCCCAAAGUGAAUCCCUUCUGCGAUGUGAUGUUCCCGGAGACGAUUGACCCGUGCGAUUUCUUCACCAAACAAGCGAAGCUACAGAUUGAAGCACGGAUGGCACUGUGCCAGGCGAAGGAUAUGGCUCACAUGCAAAUGGAGAUCGUAAAACGAAGCUUACCCCUGUCUCCCAUGACCAAAGUGGUUCAUACGGCGGUGGAAAAGGCAGGACUAGAGCUUGCCGCAGAUAAACGCCGUUUGUCUCGCUACUACCUUACGCGAUUGAACGUGGCUCAGCUGCAAACCAUUCUGGUUGAGCUGCAGAGUCACGCGGAAGUGCUCAACGAGGAGCUGGUACAGCUGCUAAUGGAACGAGAUGAUCUGCACAUCAGCCAGGACGCCACCUUGAUCGAUAUCGAGGAUCUUUCGCGUUAUCUCUGUGCCAAGGAACAAACGAUUAUGCAUGCCGAAAAGCAACGCAAAGCAUACCACUGGAAAGCCAACAGGACAGCAAAGUAUGCAACGGAAGGAAUGCCUUCGACACGGCCAUUACGUGAUGGCGAUACCACACCAUCCUCAGCAGCAGCAGCAUAUCGUUACCACUGAACCCACCCACAGUAAAGGCGAAAGCAAGUUGAAGGAAGCAGUAACUUGCGCAAAUGCACUUAUCAGCAGGCGAAUCACGUGAAUCAUACAAACCAAAUGGACCCAAUAUAUGGAAAAAUAGUUCAACGAUACCCUCCUACCGUGAGCACAGGACAAAUGACGAAUGCGGGGCUUGGUGGAUGCACAAAGCAUAGAGGUAGUAGACAGCAGCAUGCAAAGCACAGAGAAAUAGUGGACGCUCUUUAAGCUUCAUCCUAGGCAUGGUUGGAUGACUACCGCAUACUAGUGAUCACCAUGAAGAUACAAUCAUGUACUCAUCAUACACCAGCGGCGACUUGCUCAUAACUCUCAUACUGUAUCCGAAAAACAAUGAAACCCUUUCUCGAACUCUAACAAUCAAUCAACGCUCUCUCUGGUGAUAAGCGAUAAUAUUGCAAAUUGUUAUUCUCUAUUUUCCAAUACUCCUUGAAACUCUAUACAUCUGGACAACAAGAAAAAACAACGCUAAGAACCGGCGGUCCCGGCUAUCAAACCACAUUCGCACGAUACGCGUAUGCUCUCGAACGUUUGCUACAU